GCUCGGGGCCAGCCCAGCGCGCAUCCCCGGCACCCUGCGCUGCGGAGAGCUCGGAGCAGCGUGGGAGCCGAGACACGGGAGUGGACAAAGCAAGAUGGCAGGGAUCUUAGCCUGGUUCUGGAACGAGCGGUUUUGGCUUCCGCACAAUGUCACCUGGGCAGACCUGAAGAACACGGAGGAAGCCACCUUCCCGCAGGCGGAGGACCUUUACCUCGCCUUCCCCGUGGCCUUCUGCAUCUUCAUGGUGCGGCUCAUCUUCGAGAGAUUCAUAGCCAAACCAUGUGCCAUAGCCCUCAACAUCCAGGCCAAUGGACCACAAAUUGCCCAGCCAAACGCCAUUCUGGAAAAGGUCUUCAAUGCUAUAACAAAGCAUCCUGAUGAGAAGCGAUUGGAAGGGCUCUCCAAGCAACUGGACUGGGAUGUUCGGAGCAUCCAACGCUGGUUUCGACAAAGACGCAACCAGGAAAAACCAAGCACCCUGACCAGGUUCUGCGAGAGCAUGUGGAGAUUUUCCUUUUCCCUCUAUGUAUUUAGCUACGGAGUCCGGUUCUUGAAGCAGACCCCUUGGCUGUGGAAUACAAGACACUGCUGGUAUAACUACCCCUACCAGCCCCUCACUGCUGACCUUCACUACUAUUAUAUCCUGGAGCUGUCGUUUUAUUGGUCCUUGAUGGUUUCCCAGUUCACAGACAUCAAAAGGAAGGACUUUGGCAUUAUGUUCCUGCACCACCUUGCAACUAUUUUCUUGAUAACCUUUUCGUACGUCAACAACAUGGCCCGAGUCGGGACCCUGGUUCUCUGUCUUCACGACUCAGCCGAUGCUCUGCUAGAGGCUGCCAAAAUGGCAAAUUAUGCCAAAUUUCAGAAAAUGUGUGAUCUUCUGUUUGUCAUGUUUGCCAUGGUUUUUAUCACCACACGGCUGGGCAUAUUUCCUCUCUGGGUGUUAAACACCACGUUGUUUGAAAGUUGGGAGAUCGUCGGACCCUUCCCUUCCUGGUGGGUUUUUAACCUGCUGCUGUUGCUACUACAAGGGCUGAACUGCUUCUGGUCUUACUUGAUUGUAAAAAUAGCCUGCAAAGCUGUUUCUAAAGGCAAGGCUGGGAAGUGGAACCCUUUACAUGUAUCCAAGGAUGACCGGAGUGAUAUUGAAUCCAGCUCGGAUGAUGAGGACUCAGAGCGUCCAGGGAAGAAACCGCACACUUCGACAACCACCAACGGAACCAGUGGUACCAACGGGUAUCUCCUGACUGGUCCAUGCUCCAUGGAUGAUUAACUACCCAAAACUAUACGUCCUCAACAAAGUGAACUGUUUGUUCCUGGAAGUAUUUAAUAAGUUGCAAAUGCAGUUCCUUUCCUGAUAUCUCAUCACCAGAGACAAAAAAAAAAAAUUAGGAUUCUCAAAGCAUUCUGAAUAGUGUACUGCCAUGUGUCCUGUCUGUGAAUGAAGAAGAAAUCCCAUUCUCUGUAGGCAUGCUGUAUGUAACUGACACAAGGGAACAAUAUUUGCAUUUGUCUUAGAAUGUUAUUUAUUUUUUUAUUUGUUUGUAAACCUGUGGACAGUCGAGGACCCCCUCACCCCUUUUCCUCUGGGCUCGUGACGGGCCGUGAAGGAGAUGCUCCAUCCGUUCUACCUGCUUCUCAUGCUGUAGCCCCGCGUGCUGUGAGCAUCAGCACAGCUUACUUCCUCGUUUAGAGCAAGUCAAACCCUGUGCAAGGUCCCCACACAGCUCCCAGUAGGUUGGCUUUCUUUCUGUUCUGCACCCAUUUUGUAAUUGCCCAUAUAUAGUCAGUGACUGUUGUCCCGUGGGAGUCUACACAGGACGAACUCAGUGUUUUAGUUAUCACUCCCUGUGGUCAAUUAGCAGUUCAAAUGAAAGAAGAUAGCUCUUAGGGGACUUUGGAAUUUUAUAUGAAAUUGCUUUGGGAUAGUUUGUCUCUUGCGUACCAAUAUGUGAUUUCUUUAGUGUGGUAGAUGGCCGGGAGUUGACCUUGUGGGUAACCAAGUUAUUUUGCUCUCCAGUGAGGCCAGUGUUCUGAUUCUGAGACAAUGUCACUUGCUUCAGCUCACAGACACAAAGGGACCCACAUACUGGGGACUUGCUCUGUGUUCUGGGAAUCACAUAAGGAUAGCAACUGACUUCAACCAGGUCUUUUCCAGAAUUCCUACUGUAUUAGCCCAGUCUUCUGUCUUGCCCUGAAAAAAAAAAAUAGAAGCCAAGAAUGUUUUGAGGCAGAAAAAGAGAAUGAGUCUUUUAAGAGUUGGCAAAGCUACCUUCUGUGCAAAGCGCCUUACCACCGCCAGCUCUCAAGAGAAAGCCCUCCCUAGUGUUAGACUUGUGGGAGAAAGACCUUUACCCUUUGCCUUCCUCCUUAAAUGCAUCCCACAAUGACUUUCUUGUUGCUUAAAGCAUCAGGCUUGCACUGCAAGGCUGUUUUAUUUACCUCUUUGAAGACUCAUGGGGGCUCCUAAGAAUUUUUAUUCAAGUGGAGCUAUUUCCAGAAAAACGGCAAAAAUUCUCCUAGACAAUGGCAGUGACAGCCAUGAGGGAAGUUACCAAAGAGUAGUUCAUGCACGCUCCCCCUCGCCCCCCGCCCCCGCCCAGGCCACUGUCAUUGGCAUGUGGCUUCGAAAACCCCACGGAUGAGCCAAGGAUUUUUCUCUCAUCUCGUCUUUAGUAAAGAGGGAGUCAAACGGUAAUACAAAUACUCCUAAGUCAAGCAUCACCUAAAGCAGGAGUCCAAAAAAUAAGGGCACUGAGUAGCCAAAAGCAAAAUGCUGCAGGGCCUAUCAUUGUCCUGCCCAGAGCCACCCAUAGUUCACUUGAUGUUUGUUUAUAUUAAAUCUUUAUACCCUUACUCUGAAACCUGUGAGUGACUAGGUAAGAGAAAAUUCCCGAAGAACUCUCACUGCAAUGCUAGAUCUUUCCCCCACUCAAUUACAAAACAGUAUUUUCUGGUAUGGUCCAGAUCAUCAUUUUAAAAGCUUGGGAAGCAUGUUGCUGUAGAAGACAGUGCAACCGAUUGUGCGUUUUGAGCCUGGCUGAUUUAUUCGCCAAAACAGGUAUAUGUCUGAGAGUGAAACUUGGAAGUGUUUGCGUUUAUGAGAUCAGUGAUAAGACACCAAAGGUAUUGUUAGUAAUCAGAGCAUUUGCUCCAAUGCAAAUGGGUGAAAAACAUUAGCAGUGUUGAAGGGUGAGCCUUUCUCAUCACCUUAGCUAGGGAGCAUGCCCACCUUGCUUUAAGAUCUGGGCACAUCCUCCCAGGGCUGAGAUGAGCUGGAGGGCCCCCGUGUAUUUGAAUUUGAACCAGGUGACCCUAUUUUGCACAGAAGAAUUUUAAGGUCAGUUUGUCAAUUCAGAGGAGGUAUGUACAAUGAAGUUAUUCUGCCCGUGUCAAAGGCAGUUCUAAACCUACUAGGCUGGGGACGUGUUUUCUGAUCCCAUUAGCUUGACUCGUUCUUCUGUGUGUCUACAAAUUUUUGUUUCGUUUUCAUUCUUGAGAAAAUAAUUCUGUUCGGUGAAUCAAAGUGGAGUUUGUAGGCUUUUCCCGGAAUAGAAUAUUAUUUUCUCUGCUUCCUGUCCUCCCUUCAUGACCAGAUAAGACUGAGAACGGGCACUGUGUAAGGACUCUUGUCCACCUGUGCCAGGCCAUAGCUUUCAGAAGUGUGAUUUGUAAAUCCAGCUAUAGGUUAGUUCUGAGUGGUGUUCUUCUUAAUUAGCUUAGCCUGUGGUGAUGUCCCCUUCUGGUUGCAUUCAGAUUUCCCAGGGUACCAAGGUGUGUGUAGGAGGGACUCUAGAAAAUGUGACUUUUGAUCUCCAAUGUUAUAGCUUACCUAGAUUUAGUGGGGGGAACGUGGGAAAUCAAGUAGAAUUUGGCCUUGAGUCAAUAAAUGCUGUGUGUGGUUUAUGUAUGUAUAUGUACGUUUCUCCAAAAACCAGUAAAACCAAGUUAUUACUGAUUCAUCUUUACCCAUAUUCUUUUCAUUAAAAAAAAAUCCCUUCACAUGUACUCUAGAAGCUUCCCUUCUCCUUUGUUUUGCUUCCCACCUGCUGAGAGUAGCAAAACCCUUUCAGCCUCUUGUCCACAGAGCUCCUCGAGACAGAACCCAGGUCCUACAGCACCUGCUGUCUCACAGACGCCAAGCCCAGCUCUCUGUCCCCAAUCCAGUCCUGUGGAUGUCGAGAGGAGAGGAGCAGCCACAAGUAUCAGUAUUGUGGGUCGGUCGAGUGUUUGUUGUAAAAACACAGAUCAUUGCCAUUUAACCCCAGGGUUCUAAAGCUGCUGAACUUCCAGACCAAGGAUGUCCCCCAUCCCCCUCUGAUUGUGCUGCUGGCAACUAACAGAGAUGAAUAAGGUAGACGAGAGGCAGGGAGCAAGCAAAGCUAGGUCAGCUCUUCAGUCCCUAUGAUGGGUGAGUCUCACAGUGUCAACUUUCCAUCUGAACACAGCCAUGUACUCAGACACAGCACUGGGCUCAAGGAUGGGCAGCAUGUGCUACCAUGGUCCCAAAAGAUAAGACACUGAGAGGCCAUGCUGUCUGCUUGUAUGUAAGUACACUCAGCGACGUUCACAGAAUGACAAAAUCAGUUAAGGACACACUUCUCAGAACGUGUCCCUGUUAAGGGGCAUGUGACUAUACUUGGUAGAGUGUGAGUUUGAGCAAACUGAUUGCCUUCCUGCGUCUUAGAGAGAAGGGCUCUGAGUCUUCCAUCUUGCAUUUAAAUCUCAUUGUUAUUUGGGAUAAGUUAGCAUGACACUGUGCUGUAGUCUGCCUGUUAAAAAUGACUUCAUUGUAGUUUGCCUAUGUCUUUGCUGACAAGUUCUGAGAAAAUGGAUGGCACCCUUGAUUGUCUCCCACCCAUUCAUCUUGUAUUAGUAAUCAUUUGGGUGGAAAUUAAUGACAAAGUUGCCCAGAUAGUUGAGUAUUUUUCUUAAUUUGAAGUGUAAAAAUUAUACAGAAUUACUCCAAAGGUAUCGAUAGGUCCAUUGAUCAGUCUGGGAGACGACAUCAUAUCCAGAGAGGUUUCAACACCUUUGGGAAUAAAAGGCUAAGUGUUCACAUUUUAUGUGGCAUCUAUGGCCUUACGGCUGUCUCUCUCGCUUCCUUUCUUGUCUUUGACUUGUUCCUGCUUAGUAAAUAAGGAACCAUGGCCCUGAAAUGUUUCUAGCAUCCGAAUGAGAAAAAGAUGAAGUGAGGUAAAAGUCAGCCUGAAAGGAAAGUGAUGGCGUGGCUCUUUGGGGUUCUUGUGCGGAAAGACAUGAGGAGCACUCCACAUGACCUCAAGUGUGUUGUCCCUGCCAGGAAUGACCGCAGACUUCUUAGACAUUCUCCUCACACUCUUCUUCCCAAUAUCAGCUUCCCUUGCUGAGUUGAAUUGUUUCCCAAAUGCCAUAGGCUAAUUAGCAGUAUUCUACCAAUCACAUUUUAGCUCUACAAAUCCAGGGGCCAAAGGAGAGCCCCGUGGUUUGCCUGUGCGAACAUAGCACCAACCCGCCCCAAGGGGGCGCCAAGCAGAUGUGAAGGAGCCCUGACUACAGCUGUUGAAACCCCUGUAACCAGUACUCAAAGGUCGCCAGUUUUCCUCAAGAAAAUUGUAAUGAAGUACAAAAAUCAUCAUAAGUAAUGAAAUCUGUAGGCACCCCAAGGAGGACCUUGGCCUCUUGCAUGGUCUUGUGACUUGAAUUUAACCAGAGCCUUUGAAAUGAAUGCAUUGGCAGAUGGGUACACUGAGGCCUCACUAACUCUAAGAAGUGAAAAAGGCCUCUGCCACCGGAUGGCAUAUGGCAUCUGUACGGGACUGGGUAUUUUCAGGAUUGCCGGGAAGUGAUGAGAGGGCUCCAUUAGCCUAGAGCUGGUCCCACUUUAUCUCAUUCACUUAACCGCCCUUUAGCCUUCUGCAGCUCUGGUAAGAGAAAGCCAAAUGCUAGUGUGUUUCUGCUUUCAGCUUACCAGUGACCGUUAGAGCAGCUCUUCUCACCCCUGCUUCUGUGUCCGGGCCCAUUUUCCUGGGAGGAAAAACAUUCAAAGGUGUGCCCGUGUUUCCUUAGCACAGGUCUAUGGAUGCUUGCCUUCCUGUACUGUGAGCUGCCUGGGAACCGAGGUACGGCGUCGGUCUUCAUGGUUUCUGUGUUCAGUGAAAAAGUUGAUUUCAUUCAUAUUCCCUACCCUUUUUACCUACAGGGAAUGCCAUAAACUGUCUGUAAAACUC